CAAAAUUUCUUUAUAGGUUUGUUGCCCCAAAACGAUAGAGAUAGUGGAAGAAGAGGUGAGAACAACUACAACAGAAGCUGCUCUGGAGGAGAGAAAAUGCGAAACUCCCAAUCAAGUGGCUGGUAUUUGCUUAUCACUCAUUCAGUGCAAAUCUUUAAUGAAAAUAAUGCACAAAAAUGAGUUUUUCGAGAAUGAUAUGCAAUACUUGCGUGCCAGUUUUUGUGCAGAUGCAGAUAGAUUUCCGAUGGUUUGCUGUCCCGAUAUUUCAAUGACUGAAGGUACAUUCUUACCAAUGCCUCCAUACUGCGGAAAAGUAUUAGUAGAAAAUAAUACCGAUGAUACUGCUACCACAACAACAGAUAUCGAUGAAUAUCCCUGGACGGCAUUGCUCGUCUACACUAAUCCAAGAGGUCAACUCAGUUUUCCCUGUGGAGGUACGCUUAUCCACGAGCAUUUUGUGCUCACCGCUGCGCAUUGUCUUGAAGUGGAAGCUGGUAUUAGUAAGUUAACUGGCGUACGCUUGGGUGAAUGGGCUACUCAAGUGAGUAAGGAUUGUCAAAGUAAAAAUGCCGAACACGAACUCUGCGCACCCACACAACAUGAUGUGGCUGUAGAAAAGUUGAUUACUCAUCCAGAAUACAAUUCGACGAAUAACGACUUAGCACUGCUGCGCUUAGCUGAAGUAAUUUCAUUUACUCGCUUCAUUAUUCCGAUAUGUUUGCCUUUCGACAGUAGCCACCUUGCGUAUCCUUCGGUAGACACCACUAUGUACGUUGCCGGUUGGAGCGCAAAGAGC